AUGAAGACGCCCGGAGACGCCUCAGCGGGCUGCGCUAACGCAGAACACCGACCUCGCAGCCUCGGUAUCAAACUUGCGCCCAUUUUCCUACGCGCCUCGGGUAAAGUGAGAGGCGAAGAAAGGCUCGAUCGAUUCGUGGGGAAGAGGACGUCGGUGCGAGAUUCGUGCACCGGUCCCAGCGGACAUGGCUCGCCAGAGGGGGGAGGUGGACACGGGUUAUAUCCGGCUGUAUUCAGUGUGACGGAGAGAAGGAGGUUAAAUCACUCCACCUCGGACGGUCUGCGAGAGAUCAGCGAGUCUAACCCAGCGUUUCCAGUCAAAGGGGUCUUUCCAGUGUUGCUGAAGAAAUGCCAUGUGACGUCCGCAGAAGGGGAAACCUCACAUCCCAGCUCCCAGCAGCUAGCGUACGACCGCUCAGCAACGAAAAGGAAGGAGCCAAGUGACAGAGAUGAGUUCGACGAAGCGUCUAAGAGACGGAGACCCGGCUCAGCUUCGGAGGACAUCUGCGAUCAAGUCCAUCGUCAACGAUUUGGGCAAAGUGCACCAAGCUGUACUGCGGUCCAGGCUAAAGAGAGACACGGGAGAAGCAGGCUGAGCCGCUCUCACAGACUGAGGCAAACACAGGGGAAGGGAGGCUUGGGAAGCCGCCGUGACUGGAGAUGUGCACCGACUGCUCAUGCAGAACCUCAUGAGACUCACCCCCUCGCGUCUUCUUGCAGUCCUCACACAGAUCGAGACAGCGAGGAUGUCCUAUGGACAGACAAGUACGGUCCUCAGCAUUCAAGCGAGGUCAUCGGUAACUCUGCUUCAGUGAAUAAACUCCACAGUUGGUUGAAGAAAUGGAAACUGAAAGCUGACAGCAGUGAGAUGAGAAAACAGCUGGAAAGGACGCAUGAAGAAAACAGCAAUGACUCGUGGGACUGUGGGGACUUCCAGGGGGAGACUGGCUUGGUGGAGGAGAGAGGGGAGCGUCACUGUAAUACCAUGCUGCUCACAGGCCCUCCGGGGGUCGGCAAGACGGCCUCGGUGUACGCCUGUGCACAGGAGCUGGGUUUCAAGGUGUUUGAGGUGAACUGCUCCUCCCAGCGCAGCGGCCGUAAUGUUCUGUCCCAGCUGAGGGAGGCUACCCAGUCCCACCUGGUGGGGGCUUCUGAUAAAGACCCCCUCAGACCGGCCUACUUCAAACACUUCAAAGCCAACGGCUGCACGGCUAAAUUGGACCCGCUACCCAGAAAAUCUACCUCUUCCACAAAUACACUCCCCACCUCAAAAAAAAGACCAGCGCAGAAACUUGGCCGUCCACAACACAAAAGAAAGCCAAGUCCAGCAACUGUUACUUUGGCAAACUUCUUCAAGACAAAGGCCAAAGCAGACCUCUUCCUGUUUGGUGGCCUCUCAUCUAAACAUCCAGUGAGCAAGAAGCUGCACAACCCGUCACCUGGCAGCACAGAUGAGGCAGUGUCUCGGAGCAAAACCACAGCCAUGUCACUCAUUCUCUUUGAGGAGGUCGACGUCGUAUUUGAUGAUGAUGUAGGAUUCUUCACAGCCAUCAAGACUUUCAUGAAAACUACAAAGAGGCCUGUCAUUCUAACCACCAACGAUCCUUUCUUCAGAGAGCGGUUUGACAGCAGCUUGGAUGAAAUCAUUUUCAAAACGCCACCAGUGGCAAAUGUCUGCAGUUACCUGCAGUUGGUUUGUUUGGCUGAAGACGUGAGGAUGGAGUUGGCUGACAUUACCGGCCUCCUGAGGUUGUCCAAAGGAGACAUCAGACGCUCUCUACUUCAGCUCCAGCUCUGGGUGCACAGCGGUGGGGGACAGAUGUUUCAGAAGAGAGUCUUACCCACCAAACUUGCUGCUGUGCACCGCUCCAGUGAUGAUGAAUUGGGAGUCUAUUCAGACUCCCAUCUUCCUCCCUGCAGUGCUGGCUGCACUGCCUGCAUGUUGGGUCUCAACACUGUGACCCACCAGCGCCUUUUAAAUCUGCUAAAGUCUUGGACUGUAUCAGACAUGAACGAGUUUCUGAAAAUCCUAGCGGAGAGCUGGAGAAGAGGUGCACCUCUGCUGUAUUCCAACCUGGAGCUCCUUCUCAAUGUAUCAGUUGGUACCUGUGGAGAGUCGGCCAACAACCCAGAUGAAGGGCCUCCUUUUGUGCUACACGGUAAACCAGUACCCCGCGAGAUCAAGCCUCAAAUCCAAGAUGCAGCAACAAAAAUCAACAAAUCUGCAGGGAACUCCAGGCUGAGCAGAAGGAAGUAUACGUCAAUGGUGCUUGACACCAAAUCUUCCCCUAAUGUUAUACUCAAACCAGACAACACCUCAUUGAAGGCGACCCCUUUGAGAACCCCCAGUUCAAAUGACAACACUGAGCAAAAUGCAAACAAACUGGCAACUCGGUGUUUGUAUGCCUUAACUGAUAUCGUCGACCUGAUGUCAUACCUCGAUGCAACAGCGCCAACUCCAGAACCACAUGUAUCUGGCCCGUGUAGAUCAGAGGAGAUUGUCUGGACUGGAGCAGAGAUCAAAGAUGGCUUCCUGGAUGAGAUGAGCAAGGGGGAGGAGGAAAGGAGGUGUAGGCAAGAAGGGCUUUUGGAGGUCCAGGCAACUGUUGAGGGCUUUGGAUUUCGCCAGUGCUGGAGGAGAGUGUCUGAGGUGUGGACCGAAGCUGAGCGAUACAGACAGGAAUUAGAGGAGGAAAAGUGGGAACGGCUUGUGGAAAGAUUGACUUUUCCAGUCUCCUCCCCAGGAAAGAGUUUCAACUUUAGUUUUCAGCCCCCGUGUAAGCCAAGUGUGGUCCAGAGGAGGUAUGAGCUGAGCAUGAAGGCCCUCCAAAGCAGGUCCUUCAGCAUGUUUGGGAACAGGCGAGCCGUCUGUGUCGACUACAUGCCCACGCUUCGCUCCAUCUGCCGCUGUGAGAAGACACGGCAGCAGGGAGCGCCGACAGCCAGGUCUUCCAGUUACCCCAGUAUUCACCUGGGCCUCUCAAAGUCAACUGUUCAGCUCCUAGCAGAAGAUUUCCCAUAGAUGUCGCUCGACGGGAGAUAGAACCCAUUGUACACAACCGCCUCCGUUCUCUUCGACUUG